CCUCGCCUAGUAUUAAUAAUAAUACUAAAAAUACUAAAGUAAACAAACUAAUUGAAACAAAUGAAAUUACAAAGACACUUAAACAAAUAACCACAAGGAAAGCAAUUUAAUUCUUAAUAAGAUGAAGUGAUUUUAGGAGGGAGUUCAAUUCUAUUCUAAAAUGAGCAAAGGAUGGGUAAUUUGCACAUUUUUGUUUGUGAAUGAAAAAUUUGCCAUAUAAGAUAACAAAAUUAUGAUGUGUUUCAGAGGUUUAUAUUUUGGCAUAUUAAAAUAAAAAAUGUCUUUCAGACAAAAACAGUUCACAGGAUUGGCAGAAUCAAAUAUAUGAGAACGUAGGAGUAACCAAAACUGCAUCAAAAAACAUCUAUCUUCUCUGCUUGCUGUCAAGCUGUCACUGUUCAAAAAUGUAGAAACACUAUAAUUUACCGGAUAAAUUUUAUGUAAAAUUUUAAAAUGUAAAAGUCUUUUGCCUUGUUGGAAAUGCAAUAUUUCCCAGGUAAAAGUCAGGUUCUAUUCCAGCCUAUAUCCUCACACAAGGACCUCCAGUAAAACUUUCCUCAAUAAUUUUUUCUAUCAAAUUGAAAAUUUGGACGCAGAAAGCUAUUGUCACAUUUCUUAUCUAACAGACUGUCUCCUCUAAAAACCUACAAAGUCUCCAAACCCGCGUGACGUCACCGCGGGUGGGCGUGGUCUACAGGUGUGCCUCAGCAGUCCGUCGAAACUUGGAACAGUUUAAUGUUGACAAACGCAGACAGUCACGUGACCUUCAACAAUAGCCAGAUUAGAUGGGAUCCUCCCACAUGAAGUUUCAGGUUCCCUGCUACUCCUAAAACAAGCCUGAAUCAAACUCAUUCAUUCCCCCUUUUUUCCCCACUCCCCAAAUCGAUUAUGAGAACACCUGGGAUUUUUAUUUUCGGCAUGGUGCUAGGACCUUGCGGCUGGAUCUUGGAGCUCGUUUGCACGGUGGCACCAGCCUGGCGCACGAUCAACAACAUCAGCGGGGAGUCAAUCGAUCUGGUCCUCCAACAAGGAUUAUGGGACAUCUGCAAGACUUACUCGUCGUCCCAGAACAUCCUCUGCGGGCAGGUCGACACGCAGUACUUCAGCGCGCAGAUCAUCACCAUCGCGCGGGGCUUGAUGCUGUCGUCGCUAAUCCUCAACCUUAUUGGCAUCGGUGUGGCAUCUGCUGGAGUGCGGUGCUGGACUGAAUACCCGCAGUGGACAGUGGCUGGGGUCGGGGGUGUCCUAAUCUUCAUCUCCGGGGUGCUCACCAUCAUCCCGGUGUCGUGGUACACCAACAUCAUGACCACCAUCCCCGCCGCAUCCACGGAAGUCCGCGUCGGGUACUGCCUGGUGCUAGGCUUCAUCGGGGGCAUCUUGGAGGUGCUCGGGGGUUUGGUGAUGUCUAUCGGCUUGUGUCAGAGAUGUGGCAGAAGUAAGCCAGCUGAUAGGACGAGGAUAAACGUGGUCAGGUCCGCGCACAACCCAAUGCCGCCGCCGGCGCGCAGAGACACGGUGCCCAGUGUGAGCAGUUUCAGCAGUGCCAGCAGCGCGCCCUAUUACUCCAAACACACCGAAACAGACUUCUACAGAGCCAGAAAACCGGACAGCAGACCAGUGAACGCUUACCAAACACGACCUUACGAUUCAGAUCUAUAGAUUAAAAUCAUAACUUUGAGGCAUGCAGCCUUAUAACAACCGUCAUUACAUCUGAACAAAUUUCAGUUUGGAUAUAUUCUUAUGGAUGCCCGUUUAUAUUUGGAAAUACAGACAAUUUUAUUUAACAUGACAACUUUUCAUAAUUGUGAAAUUAUGUACCUGUUAAUUAGCCUAAUAGUUUCUGUAUUUUGUGUUUUCUGCUUAUUUGCGGUUGUGAAUUGCAUUAUAGGCCUACUAGAUGUUGAUCUCUGCUUUGUCGACUUAUGUUAAAAAUGCUACUCUACAAUUCAACAUAGACACUUUUAUUGACAUUUUAGUAGUUUUAAAUAAUGUAAUGUGUAAUAAAUAAAUUUAUUUAGAAACAAAAGUUUGUUAAAAAAAAAAACAGAAAUGUACACUGAAACAAGGAUUCAAAGAUGGUUCUUUGGAUGUACUUAAGUUAAGUGGUUGUAAACAAUUUAUUUGGGCUGAAUUUAAACAAGAAAAAUGUGGAACACCAACCAAAUUUAACUUGUGUGUUUAAAUUCAACCCAUAAAAAUAGUUUGCAACAAUUUUGUAGAAAUAAUUUUUCAGUGUACCGUUUUUUACAAGGUUUUUGUACCAUAAUAUACAACAACACAGACAGUAUAUCACUUUAAACUAUUAAAAAUGUUUAGAAAAGUCUUACAGAAGUCAUAAAAGAAGAAAAAAUCCUACUCUUCAGGGUUAAAGCUGUUGAAAGGUCCCAUAAUGCAAUUCAAAAGCAUGAAUAAUCAGGAAAAAAUUUAAAAACAUGGAUCACAAAAUAUGGAAAACUGCUAAUUUACGAAUAUUUUUUACACUGUAGAUGAAGUGCCUUGCAUUUAUAUUUAUUAUAAAGCCUAACAUCUGGGUUUCAAAAGCAAUGUCUUGUUCAUUUUAUUCAUCAGGAUAUAGAUUUUUAAUAGGCCUAUCUGUUCAACGCAUAAAGACAGUUUUGAACUCUAGUGUUGUUGUCUGGAAUUGUGGCAAUAAGUUCAACUUAUUUUUAAAUCAAUUACGUUUAAAGCAGUAAUUAUUCAGAAAAAUAUAUAACAGAGAAUUUGACCAAUUUUGGGGAACAAAGAGCAGAUAAAAACUGAUUAGCUCCAUAUACUUGAAGCACAGUCAGGCCAAUUAGAUGUACUCAGUCUCUUUACACGUUCAAAACACUCUAUCUAUCUAUCUAUCUAUCUAUCUAUCUGUCUGUCUGUCUGUCUGUCUGUCUGUCUGUCUGUCUGUCUGU